CUCCUCCGAGGGGGAGGCUGGCCGCCUGCCCGCCGCCGUUCGCCGCCGGUUACCGGGGCCGGGAGGAAGGACGGACACGGACGCGCCUCCGCCACCAGCCUGCCCCGCUGCGGUUUGAAAGCAGCGCCCCGCCCGCCCUGUGAUUGGCGAGAGAAAGGGAGGGAGCGGGUGCGCGCCAGGCCCCGGCGUGUCGCAGCGAAGCCGUCCGGCCGGCCCCCGCUGCCGCGGCGCCGCGCGUUCCGCCCUGAGCGUCUGUGUGGGCCCCGGAGAGGAGCCGAGCUGGGCGAGUUGCGUGCUGCCGGCGCCGCAGCUGCCAUGGAGAGAGGAGGCGGCGGCUGCGGGAGGGGGUGACUCCGCGCCCCUUCCCCCGAUGAGACUCUGGUUGGGCUGGCUGGGCUGCUACACCCUGUUCCUGUGGGUGCUGAGGAGGAGGAUGUGGUCUGGCCCUGCCAGGUACCUGAGGAGCCCUUUAUCCAGGUCGCUCUACGUGAAUAUGAUGGGCAGCCACAGCCAGCCAGCCCCGGGAGCCAGGGAGAACCACCAGUGGUAUGUCUGCAACACAGAACAGUUGUCUGAAUCCCUUCAGCCUAUUUUUGUCCAGAGUUACCUUGACCAAGGAACACAGAUCUUCUUAAACAACAGCAUUGAGAAAUCAGGCUGGCUGUUUAUUCAGCUCUAUCACUCUUUUGUGUCCUCAAUUUUUAGCCUCUUUAUGUCUAGAACAUCUAUCAAUGGGCUGCUGGGAAGGGGCUCAAUGUUUGUGUUUUCCCCAGAACAAUUUCAAAGACUGCUUAAAAUAAAUCCAGAGUGGAAAUCCCACAGACUUCUCGAUUUAGGGGCUGGGGAUGGAGAAGUCACUAAAGUCAUGAGUCCUCAUUUUGAAGAAAUCUAUGCCACUGAAUUGUCUGAAACUAUGAUAUGGCAGCUUCAGAAGAAGAAAUACAGGGUGCUUGGUAUAAAUGAAUGGCAAAACACAGGAUUUCAGUACGAUGUUAUCAGCUGUUUGAAUUUGCUGGAUCGCUGUGAUCAACCACUGACUGUAUUAAAAGAUAUUAGAAGUGUACUGGAGCCAACUAGAGGCAGAGUCAUUCUAGCGUUAGUUCUGCCAUUUCACCCAUAUGUCGAAAAUGGUUGCCACAUUUGAGCUGUGUUGGACCAACAUGGGAAAACUGAUCUGUGAUUAGGGCCCUCUGCUGCUUUCGUAUAGGUAAUCCCAGUUGUCUCUAGCGACCAAUUGAGCAAAACCAUGAGAACUGUCCGUGAUGCUGAAUAGACCAGUUCAAGUCAAACUAUUUCAAGUGUUCCAGAUGAACUGCACCUAAAAUUUCGUAGGGAGAUAACGUUUAGUUUCCAACUUGAGCUCUCAGAGUAAAAUAUAGACCCUUACUAAUACAAAGUAACAACCACUAUUUAUAUUGUAUUAGUAACUGAAAUAAAAUAGUAAAAUUCAGUGCCAAAACUCCAGUAUUUCCCCUAGUUCCCUUUUAAAGAAAUACAUGAGAGAAUUUCAAAUUAAUCUGUCCUUAUCACUAAACUUCAAAAGAUACUAGAAACUCCUAGUGCCUAUGAUUGUGGAUUCAGGUUGAGGCACCCUAAAGGUGGUUUGACUGCCAGAAGACUGGUGUUCAUCAGUCAUCGUUUGGACACGCUCUCCUUGAGUAUUAAGACUUGUCUGUGGAAAGGCAUGUAUGCCCAGGAAAUACAGAACUAACAACCUUAAUAUUCUGGCAAUCACAAACGCAUCAAACUGAAUCUGUUUUCCUCUUUUUAUAUGCCAGUGAUAUUUUGGCAGGAGGAGAGAGGGGAAAAAAGCUUUAAGUAUAAAAAAUAAUGCCCUCAGAUGAAGAAUUGCUUAAAAUACAGUAUUUGAGUAUAUAAUUUUGUAACUAUUCUGAAAAGUAGUGUGUCUUAAAUGAGAUGGGGGAGCUGAUUUAUGCAAGAACUUACUGUUCCCAUAAUGUGGAACUAUAUGGCUUCCUCUUCUAAAAAUUUUUUAAAAUAUUGAGUAACAGCAGUGUCUUUCUAGUCUUUCAUUGGCAUAUUAGAAAUGGAGGAAAUUAUUUGGAUGGCUUUGUUUGUGUACCUUCAAAACUAGUGCCACUAUGUUUUGUAAUCACUAUUGCACCCAGCAUCUACUUUUCUAUAUGUUGUUGGGUAACCAUGUGACAGACCACAUGGAACUUCCUGGCUCAGCAGGAGGUAAAUAAUUAAGGAAGAAACUACUCUUAAGUCCGCUUAUAUCCUUCAUCAUUAAUCUCCUACAGUAUACUGGGAGAAGAAUAGAGUGUUAAAUUUAUAAAUCCCAGGGGACUGGAAACCUGUUGUGUGAUUGCUGAACUUGAGCGUUCCUACUUGUAGUUGAAAGUUGAAGUCUCUUGUAAGAUGUCUUGUAAACCAAAGACAUAUUUUUCUUUGUGGUGGAGACUUGCAGAACAUUAGUUGCUUUGCUUAAGGCAGUUUUUCUUAAUAUAUUCUGAAACUUAAAAACAUACUCUGUCUAUUUACUGCUAUCAUGGAU